UGUUGCUGUUACACUCAUCACCAAGCGAGAAUCUGCCAUUUGCCUUUUGUCACCCCACAGUUUCUACCCUUGAAAUGUCUAUCCGAUCUUUGCUCAGCUUGGGCUUGUUGGCUACUCCUCUGGUCUCUGCAUUGCCAGCUGCGGAUUGGAAGGCUACUUCCUGCAGCACCAGCACUUCCCACUCGACCUCGCACUCGACUUCCCAUUCCACUUCUCAUUCUAGCUCGCACUCCUCCACUCAUACUUCCACCCACACCUCAGCAAAGACUUCUGCUGUUGUGACUACAACCACCAGCUCUGCUUCCAACACUGCGCAGACCACGACCUUAUUGGCCACAGCCACUGGACCAAAGGGCUUGAACGACUAUGCCAAAAAGGCUGGAAAGCUCUACUUUGGCACCGCAGCAGAUGUGCCUGGAACAAACGAGACAACCGACAAGUACUACAGAGCAGAACUCGCCAACAAGCAUGAUUGGGGUCAAGUCACCCCUGCCAAUGCCAUGAAAUGGGUCUUUACAGAGCCCGAACAAGGCGUCUUCAACUACACCGAAGCAGAGAUCUUCCUCGCCGACGCAGCCUCUGACGGAAAACUUGUCCGCUGCCACAACCUGAACUGGUACAAUCAACUUCCCAACUGGCUCACUCAAGGUACAUGGACAAACGAGACCCUAACAAAAGUCCUCGAAAACCACGUCACAAACCUGGUAGAAUACUUUGGCGAUCGUUGCUACGCCUGGGAUGUUGUAAACGAAGCCUUCAGUGACAGUGGCACUACUGGAUCUCUUGCUGACAACACGACUUGGAGAUCUGAUCUCUGGUACAACACCAUUGGACCUGGAUAUGUUGCCGUGGCAUUCAAAGCCGCCGAAAAGGCCGUAAAAGCAAAGAAGCUGAAGGUCAAGCUUUACUACAACGAUUACAAUAUUGAGAAUGCAGGCGCCAAAUCUAGUGCUGCUCAAGCGCUUGUCAAGAGUUUGAAGGCUCAGAAUAUCCAGAUUGAUGGUGUGGGUUUGCAGUCGCAUUUCAUUGUUGGAGAGACUCCUUCUAGAGCUGCUCAGUCUUCAAACAUGCAGGCUUUCGCUGCAUUGGGUGUGGAUGUCGCAAUUACUGAGUUGGAUAUCCGUACUACUGUUCCUGCUACUGCUGCGGAACAGCAACAGCAAGUUGUCGAUUAUGCCAGCUCUGUUGGUGCAUGCGCCGACGUGGACGCCUGUGUUGGUGUCACUGCCUGGGACUUUGAUGACGCUUACAGUUGGAUCCCUUCGACUUUCCCUGGUCAAGGAUAUGGAGAUUUGUUUUUCCAGCCUGGAGGUUACAACACACCUCUUGUCCGCAAGGCAGCUUAUGAUGGUUGCAUUCAGGGUCUUACCAGCUAG